AUUCCCAGGAGGCGAUAAUUUCUUCACCACAAACAAGUAUCGAAUCGGACUUUUCCCCCUCGCUUUUCAGGCUUGCUGGGAAGAUGGCAAAAUCAAAAGAGAGAAAAACUUCUCGAGCCUCGGGCGACUCCAAGCCUUCAGCCCCCCCGGCUUUCCUGAGCAAUGAAAAAGCCAUUGAUCCAUCUUUGGCAUCAUUGUUCGCCUCAAGUGCCGGUGCUGUGAGGCCUCCGCCUCUCUCUCGUUAUCAAGAAGCCGAAGCAGCUGUCGAACAGGACGACGAAGAUCUCCCGGAUGCCGACGAGGAGCUCUCUGAGUUGCCGAGCGAAGACGAUGGUUCCGAAAUUUCAUCUCAGACUGAUGACGAUGAUGAGGAAGAAAAAGAAGAAGACUCGAAUGUUAAACCUACCAAAGUAGAGAUCAAUGGACAGAAGAACCAAGAAGGACGGAAGCGAAAGCGCGCCGAUGCCGAAGAGGCUCUUGAAGACCUCUAUAUGCGUCGGCUUGCAGACAAGGAAGAAAAGACCGCAAAGAAAGAAAAGAAGCAGGCCGAAAAGGCGAGCAAGCGCCAGAGAAGAGACACGGAAGCGGGUGACGGCUCCGAAGAAAACGAGUCCGAGGAGGAGGAUGAGAAAAAAGAUGCAGAUGGGCUGUCGGAUGAAGAGGAUUCAGAUGGAUCGAGUGGUUCAGAAGCAGAGGAAGAUGGGGACGAUGAGAUUCCUCAGCAUGAAAGUUUGGUUUCUUCCAAAGACGAGGGAGAGCUUGAAAGGGCCAGUCGGACAGUCUUUUUGGGAAACGUUGCUGUUUCAGCCGUUGAGUCCAAGUCGGACAAGAAGACACUUCUCAAUCAUCUUGCAUCUUUCAUUUCGUCUCUGCCCGCGUCAGAUCAACCGCACAAAGUUGAAGCAUUGCGCUUCCGCUCAGUAGCGUUCUCGGAAGUUGGCAUUCCUAAGAAGGCCGCAUUUGCUCGAAAAGACGUGAUGGAGGCAACCACCAAGAGCUGCAAUGCAUAUGCUGUUUAUUCGACGGCUGUUGCGGCGCGCGAGGCAACCAAACGCCUCAACGGCACCAUCGUGCUGGAUCGUCACUUGCGAGUCGAUAGCGUCUCACACCCAGCCAAGUCGGAUCAUAAACGAUGUGUCUUUGUGGGAAACCUUGGAUUCGUCGAUGACGAGAGCUUUAUAGAUGAUGCCGAGGUCGAGAACGGCAAGAAGAAGCCUCAGAAGAAGAAAAAGCAGCCUUCUGAUGUGGAGGAGGGACUGUGGCGGGAAUUUGGCAAGGCCGGUACUGUUGAAAGUGUGAGAGUAGUCCGAGACCCAAAGACUCGAGUUGGAAAGGGUUUCGCAUACGUACAGUUCAACGACGCCAAUGCCGUUGAAGCUGCGCUACUCUUCAACGACAAGAAAUUUCCUCCUCUGCUUCCUCGAAAGCUGCGCGUUGUCCGUGCCAAGGCAAUGAAGAAGAAGGCCACAGCGAAAAACUCUUCCGCAAAGGUCAACUCGAAAGCAAUUUACAAUCCUAAACUGACGCCAGAACAAAAGUCCCUUCAAGGUCGCGCUGGAAAAUUGCUGGGCCGUGCCGGUGCUGCCAAGAUGAAGAAUGGCGAUUCGGGCAAUGCGAAGCAGAGACCUGUUGUUCCUCGCCCACCGGAGUCUUUCGUCUUCGAAGGAUACCGGGCCAGCAACAAGUCGGGCAAGCAGGGACUCAAGCUAGGCGGUUCUGGCAAGAAAAAGGGCAAGCCGAGAACCAGAAGCAGCAGACGAGGCACGGCAUGGAAAGCCUCAGGCGGCCAGAAGCGCACCAAGUGAUUCUGGGACAUUGUCGCAGGCGGCACGAUUGCAAGGGCCAACAUUUCGCUUUUUCCUUCUCUAUGGCGGUAAUUUUAAGUAGUGAUAUGCUAAGCUAGGACGGAGUUACAAAGGGUGAACAGGAACUGGAAAAUAGAGUAUUUAAACAUUGCAUGGUUAAUAUCUAUUUUGAAGGACUUUACUUCCGAAAUACACAAUAUAUCUGCCCCUGUAAUGCCGCCAAAUCCCGUCCGCCACAAAAGCUCGGCGUCAGCCACCACGAGGCGUUGACUCCCGUUGGUACAAGGGGUAACUGCAAGCGACCGUUGGAGUGCUUUGCGUAGCCGCGGGCAGGGGAUUGGGUCUGUGGACGCGAAAUGCCUCGUGCCAGGAACGCGAGCGUUGCCCUCCCAACUGGAAUAUAUUGCCACAGCUGGUAUCCUGU